CAGCACACGGCGCUGCGCCCACCCGCGAGUAAACCCCCCGCGUCCUGUCUGCCCUUGCCGGUGAAUACCACGCAAGCCACUCCGACCGCUUCUCCGACCGCCCUCUUAUGUUAAUCUUCCGGGCUUUACAUAUCCCCUCCCAACGGCCGGCCCCGCCAAGCGCUUUCCCCGGGCUGUCACCGCAGCGGCGGGCGCUCUCGCUCCCCGCUGCAGCGCGGCCCGCCAGGCGCUGUCCCGCGGCGGCCUCGGCCGUUGGCGGCGGUUACGGCGCGGCCGUUACCGUUCGGGGGCAGCCGCGAGGGCUGCUCGUUCCCGGGCCUCGCCUGCCCCGUUUUGAAGGCGCGGGGACGGCCUAGGGAGCAGCUGAUAAGGCUAUAUCUCAAGUCUGAGACCCAACUACGGCUGUUAUACAUACAUAUAUGUACAUCUGACGGCCUCAUAAUGAGAAACCAGCCAAUUCCCGCUUGCGAAGGUUCUGCAGGUAUACGGCAUUCCUAUGCAGGUGAUGACUUCUCAGUCGAAGCUGGGCACAGUGCGAAGGCUAAGCCUGACCUUCCUGAAAGAAGAGACUGGUCCAGUGACCCCUGGGCUCUACACCGAGCUGCUCGCCUCCAAGAACGGAAUGCCCACGGGCCUUGUAAUGGCAAGUUAAAUCCCGAGGAGGAAGGCUGUACAGAAAGAUCAGUGAUUUCCCAGCCAAAAUUUGUUUUUGAAAAGAAGGUCUGUCCUUUGAAGCGGCCAGCAGAACACCCAGUUUGCGAAGCUGAAAAUGAUUUCCUUAGUUGUUCGAGAAAGCGUGCAAGAUCAUCAUCUUUUACUUUCCAGAAGUCUGACUCUCGGUCUAACACAGAUACAACUCUUAUUCAGAAAAGAGGGAGAUCAUCUUCCUUUUCCAUCCUUCCUACCUUCCCUCCCUUCCAGCCAGUAAAGAAGAAUAACAUAUUCAUGACCUCAGCUCUUCUUCAAAGAAACCCUGACUUGAUCAAAAGUACAAAUGGAGGAGCCUUGUCACAAAGUCAGUUGCGGAAUGUCAUUAGACCUGCCAUUUUACAGCCCCCACAAGGCCUGACCUGUCCUGAAAAUCCUGUACUAUCUCUAGUGACUAAGAAAGAAACACAUGUUCAGCUAUCUGAAGACAGCUAUUAUUCCUCAGCUGAGAAUUCAGAAAGUACUGAAAGAACAGUGAAGUCAUCUACUAGCAUGGAUCUUUCUAGCUCUAAAAUAACACAAAGUCAGUUGUUGGUGGACAGAAGUGUACAAAACAGCAGCAAUUCUGAUUUUGUGUUUGGAGAAAACAUGGUUGAGAGAGUUUUGGUAAGAUUUGUGAAUGCUGGCAGACGUUUUACCAAGAGUCCUGAAAAGCAUCCCAAGCCAUGUAAUGAAGUUGAUUUAUACAAAGGAGAAGUAACAUCCAUGCACAUAGAAUCUUUUUAUGUCAGUCCACAAACAACUUUGUUGAGGAAUGCAACACUUACUGAAUCAGCAGCUGCUUUUAUUUCCAAGCCAAUGGAGAAAAUUCUGUUAGAUAAAGUUGAAGUUAUAACUGGAGAAGAAGCAGAACACAAUGUAUUACAGAUCAACUGCAAGCUCUUUGUAUUUAAUAAGCUUUCCUUAACCUGGAUUGAAAGAGGUAGAGGAUCCCUGAGGCUUAAUGACACUUCUAGCAAUAAACAUGGAAUGUUGCAGUCAAGGCUAAUUAUGCGAAAUCAAGGCAAUUUAAGACUGAUUCUCAACACUCGACUCUGGGAUCAAAUGGUUAUAAAACGAGCAAACAGAAAGAGCCUUUGCUUCACUGCAACAGACCAAGAGGACCACUCGGUUCAAGUAUUUCUAAUUCAGGCAAGCUCAAAAGACACUGGAUGCCUGUAUGCAGCAAUACAUCACCGCCUUGUGGCACUGCGAAGCUCUUCUGAGCAAGAGACAGAUGCUAAUCAACUAGACACAGAAUCAGAAAUAGCUUUUCAGCCAUUAAACUGUGAUAGUGAUGAUGAUGAUGAUGAGGAAGUAACUCAAGUGAGCAGCAGUGGAUCUGAUCAUUCUAGAUGGAACCGCAGGCAAUCUGUAGUCUGCUUAUGACACCUACCAGAGGUUACAACAGCAUGGCUGGGAAUUCAUCUUCCCAAAAUACCUAAGCUGACUCAGGCUGCUGGCAGGAAGAAAUCAGGUGCAUUUUGCUUUAUGACUUUUAACUAAAGAUUAAUUUUAGGGACAGCUUAAAUUUAAUGCAUUGAGAAAGAGCUUACGGUGCAGUUUUGAGGAUUCCUCUUGGUCUGCGUUGCACUGAGAUGGGACUGACAUAAUGGCUUCCAACAUUCAAGAAGUGUUACAAAGGCUUCAGAUUUUAGAACUAAAUAUAUUUAGAUGCAUUAUUAAAGUUAGGAAUUUUAUAUGGAAUAAAUGCUUAUUCAUCAUAUUGAUGGAUAAAACCACAUAACCAUGAACUAAUAACAUAAGUGAAAAAAUAUUUCUUAUAUUUCAUCUGUUAUUUAAAAGAUAGAUUUGGAAAGAGUUAAAUCGGACUUCAUUGAAAACAUUUAUUUAAAACUGUGGUAAUGCUCAGCAUCCUGUUUGUAAAUACAUACAAGCAGAAUUGGGAGUGGCAGUUUAGCAUAACCAAGGCUUAUAGAAACCAGCCUUCAUAAAAAAGGGGGGUUUUGUUGUUUGUUUUGAAAAUAUCUGGAGUUGUAUAUAAGUUAUAGAAUUUUGUUAAAGUGCAAAGAACCAUGAUCUGCCUUUACAGCCACAGCACCAGGAGAAUUCACCGUGAAGAACUGCAAGCCAGUUCUAGAGGGCAUAUGAGCUUCAAUAUCUAAAAGUGUAUCAGCUUGCACUCAUGAACACCUUUUCAGUUCCACAAAACAAGCACUUGCACUGUUAAUGGUCCACUUGACAUACACAAAUAAAUGCAUGCACAUUAUAAUUGGAUAUCUGCAUAAAAAUUUAUCUUAAAUGUGGGAGAUUAUCUGUGAUUACUUCUGCCUAAACUGUAGCUAUCUCUAAACAGCAUAAUUCCUUGAGAGAGAUGAACGUUACACAUCCUAAUGUGUGCAAUAAUCCAAACAGUGCCCAAGACACUCUGUAAAAGUGAUUCCACAAACUACUGCCUUCUACCUAACCAUUCUCAUGAGUGCAGACACCAUUUAUGCUGUGUUUUCUAUUCAUUCUGUCAAAAGAUAAAGAAAACAGUCUGUAAUAAUUCUGCUGCAAGUCUCUGCUGCCUGUGUGUUGUUGGUUACCAAGUAUUAUUUCUUUGUCAUCCUCAUAGCUGAAGAAAUGUUCUGAAAUAUCUUAAGUCCCUUUAAUUAAGGCAAUUUUAACAAAUUCUCAGUCUUGAAACUGCAUCACACCUGAAGAGUCAAAAUACAAUCUAGUUUUCCCAUCUGAACACAUGUAUGAAGUUGGAAGAAAAGCAGCUUCUUCCUGAAUUCUCAGCGCCCUGCCAAGAUUUAACAUCCAGAUGAAGCUGAACUGGCAUCUGGAUUAUGCUGAGUCCUAAACAGCCUGCCAAAAUUAGCACUUGUCUGACGUUGAUUUAGCAUCUGGAUGACAGUAAGCUUAAGUGGGACUGGAUUUUUGCCUUCAGGAAAAGGAGAGUGCUUCACAACAGAGCACCAGUAUCAAAUAUUGGAGCACUGGAAUUCUGUUUAACUCUUCAGUAUGCUGGUUACAAAAAUGUUCUUCCCAUAAGUAGCUAUACAUUGUGUCCUUUUCUAUCAGCCUCAUUCCUGACCACAAUAAUAUGUGCCUCACGAACCUUCAUAUUUCAUUGCUGCAACUGAUACUCAGGAACAAAGCUCCAUGCUAUAAAAACUUCAGCAGUUGUAAACCACAUCAGCCCUAUUUAGCAACAGGUCAUGGUGAUAACUUUGCCCUGGAGUUCAGCUGGCUUUGCACUAAAUGCAGAGUUUGAUUUCAAAGUCUGUCCUGAUAAUCAAAGCCUUCUCUGAAACAUAAUUUAAGCACUUAAGUGUUGUGAUAUCCCUCUAAAUUCUACUAUAACUGUAAAAUCCUUGGCAAAUGAAGGAGAGCUCCAGAGCAGGCAGAACAGAACUUUUGCAGACACAGGACUUAAACUUUGUCAUUUGCUCCCACAGCAUAAGUAGCAAGGCUUAUGAUCAUUAUAAAAUAAACCAACCUUUGAUCUGCCUCUUCCCAAAAUCGUUACCUGUAUACACAAGUAUACACACAAAAACACAUAACCAUGCACACACAAACAUGAAACAGCAUUUUCUAAAAGCUGAGGAGGAAAAGAGAUGUUUAAUUACUUUGAAGAGUUUGGAUACUGUGGUAAUAGAGAACAUGUAAAUGCAUGUAUGUGCAGACCUAUUUAUAGUAUGAACUUUUACUCUUGAGAUAAUAAUACUUUAUUUUAUUUAGUCUCAUUGCACUAAAAUGCAUUGUUUCUCAAGGCUGGAGGCAUGCUAACAUGUAAUAUAAUAACUUGGUUUUAAAAAUGUAAAAUUUGUCAUUUUAUGACAGCCAGAGCAACAAUUUCUAUGCCUGAAAAAAUAAACAAUUUUCUUACAGCUGUAA